GUGUUAAUUAUUUCUCGUUUCCCUUUCCAAGUACUUGCACACCGCGAAUACCAAAUAUCUGUUUUCAUAUAAUGUGCAAGUUUUAAUAUCUAUUUAUAUUUUUUAUAGAAAAAGAAAAAUCUGGACUCAAGAGAUAAAUUUGGAAAGACAUCAAAAAGGAGAAUUUCAUACGUUAGUUGUGCCACAACUUCGAAAUGACGAAAAACGUUUUUAUAAAUACUUCAGAAUGAAAAUUGCUUAUUUUGAUGAAAUUGUAAACUUAAUAAGGGAAGAUAUUUCUAAGCUUGAUAUCAAUUUUCGUGAAUCUAUUUCAGCGGAAGAAAGACUAGCCAUUACUUUGAGGUUUUUAGCAACAGGCGACAGCUUCAGUACAAUAGGGCACAGUUAUCGUGUUGGAUUUUCAACAGUCUCUACAAUUAUAAAUGAAGUAUGUGAAGCUAUACGUAAAAGGUUACAGCCUAUUUAUCUUUCCGAACCGACAACAGAAAUAUGGCAAAAAUCAGCUGACGAUUUUCUAAACAUGUGGCAAUUUCCUAACUGCAUCGGCAGUUUGGACGGAAAACAUGUAACUAUAAAAUGCCCUGGAAAAACCGGGUCAAACCAUUUUUGUUAUUUGAAAAAAUUCUCAAUUGUACUGAUGGCCAUCGUUGAUGCUAAUUACAAAUUUAUAUGCAUUGAUGUAGGAGGCUACGGAAAAAAUAGCGACGGAGGCAUAUUUGAAAAUUCAAACAUGGGCCAGAGAUUUGAAGCAGGUUUAAUGAAUGUUCCUGAAGAUAAAAAUCUUCCUGGGCAAGUGGAACCUUGUCCACAUGUUUUGAUUGGAGAUGAGGCCUUUGCUUUGAAAUAUUUUUUAAUGAGACCUUUUCCCUACAAGCAAUCUAGAAGUGACAGACGAAAAGAAAAUUAUAAUACUCGUUUAUGUCGAGCUAGACGUGGGGUGGAAAAUGCAUUUGGCAUUUUCGCUCAAAAAUGGCGAGUAUUUUUUAGGCCAAUUGAGACAAAAGUUGAAACGACAAUUUCAAUCGUUGAAACUUGUUGCAUUUUGCAUAAUUUUUUACGCACUAAAGUAAACCAACAAGGACGAGAGUUUUCAGAAACUGAAGAAAAUUCAGGUAGAGCUUUUAUCAAUAUAGAAAGAGACCCAAGGCGUGCAACCAAUUUAGCAUUUUCAACUAGAGAAAAGUUUGUUAACUAUUUUAAUAUUUGAAAUGUGAAUAAAAACUCUAAAUUAAAAUAAUUAAAGUGAAUGUAUAAAAAUUAUUAUUUAAUAUAAUAAUUAAAGUGAAUAAAAACUUACAACUAAAAUA